GGGAGCACGUCGGGCGGUAGCGCACGGAGAGGGCAGGGAAGGGAAGGGACAGGACCGGCCGGGCCGGGAGCGGGGCCAUGAACGGCUCGGCGAACUCGCUGCUGGACAAGGAGGAGCACCCGCUGCAGCUGGGCGAGAGCUUUGAGCGACGGCCCAAGGCCUCCUUCCACACCAUCCGCUAUGAUUUUAAGCCAGCAUCAAUUGAUACAUCUUGUGAGGGGGACCUCCAAGUGGGUAAAGGAGAUGACGUUACAAUCACUUUGCCACAUAUUCCAGGUUCAACUCCACCAAUGACUGUCUUUAAAGGAAAUAAAAGGCCAUAUCAGAAGGACUGUGUGCUUAUUAUCAAUCAUGACACUGGGGAAUAUGUGCUGGAAAAACUUAGUAGCAGCAUUCAAGUCAAGAAAACAAGAGCAGAGGGCAGCAGUAAGAUCCAAGCCCGAAUAGAACAACAGUCUGCCCGAGCAUCUCAGCCUCCUUCACAGUUCAGAGCCCCAACCAAGCCAGCAGUUGGACCUAAAACUUCUCCUUUGAAGGAUAACCCUUCACCUGAGCCUCAACUGGAUGACAUUAAGAGAGAGCUGAGAGCAGAGGUUGAAAUUAUUGAGCAGAUGAGCAGCAGCAGUGGGAGCAGCUCAUCGGAUUCAGAAAGCUCAUCUGGGAGUGAAGAUGAAAGCUCCAGCAGUGAGGGGGAAGAGGCAGCACAUGUUUCCCCUUCCCAACCACCACACCAGCAGUAUAACAACAGGAAUGCUGUCGCUAACGGCACCAGCAGGCCGCAAGGAAGCAAUCAGCUCAUGAACACGCUCCGAAAUGACUUGCAGUUGAGUGAGUCUGGGAGUGACAGUGAUGACUAGAGGCUGAGCUUUCGCUGUUUCUCUUACAUAUACAUGAAGAGCUAAUUUACCUUGAAGUGAUCCUAUUGCUUAUGAAGAGGAGCUGGCACAGAGAUAAUUCCAUGUGUGGAAUUUUAAUAGAAGAAAUGCAUAGCCCUACAAAAUAGCAGACGUUGAGGGCUGUUUUACUGUGUGAAUUAAGUGUAUAUAUUAUGUAUAUUCUUAUGCUGUUAAAGCUUUGAAUAGAUAUGUACAGUGGGUGAGCCAAUGUAUGUUCCUGUCCACGGUCUGUAAGUUUAAUGUGUAACUAUGUCAUCUGAAAGUUUCUUGUUCGUAGAAGAUGUUCAGCGCAUCGUGACUUUGUCGGGGGACUUUCGUAUAUUGGGUGAGCGUGAGCCAACAAUGAGUUCAAAAUAACAUGCAGGAUCUUGUGUGUGCACUGAAGAGAGACUGUCGUAAAUUAACUUUCAGUAUUAAGUUGAUUUCUUUGGUUUCAGACUUUUCUAAUGCCUUUUUAUUGCUAUUUAUGCUUGAUUUAAUGGACUGACUUUUAAACAGUUGAAAAAUA